UGCUUGAAGAGUAAAUCAGAGCCUUCUCCACCAAGGACAGAAAAUCUUUUUCCAUCUGGAAGACUGUCUGACCACCACGUGUGUAAUUCAGCCAGCCACAGAACAGGAAUUUCCCAGGGGCAUGAGAAGCACGGAAUUUGGACUUUUCUAAACAACUGAAGUAGAGCGUGGAAGUUGCUGGACCAAGAAACAUCAUGGACAACGACCAAGGAGGCAGGAAUACCAGCAAGCCCCUGGGGCUUGGAGGCACUCCUGAGACCAGGAGCCUUUUGCACUCAUUUAUGAGGGAUAUUGUUUCUUAUUGGUCCCCGGUGCACGAAGCCGCGAUCCACGGACGUCUGCUGGUUCUGAGGAACCUCCUGAACCAGGGGUGGCCUGUGAAUGUCAGCACUGCAGAUCAUGUGUCCCCACUCCAUGAAGCCUGUCUUGGAGGUCAUCCAUCUUGUGCAAGUAUUUUAUUAAGACAUGGAGCUGAGGUGAAUGCUAUGAGCACAGAUUGGCACACUCCUCUGUUUAAUGCCUGCAUCAGUGGCAGCCUGGACUGUGUUAAUCUGCUUCUGCAGAAUGGAGCCAGCCCGAAUUCAGAGAAUGAUCUGGCAUCUCCAAUCCAUGAGGCUGCUAAAAGAGGCCAUGUGGAGUGCAUCGAGUCCCUUGUAGCUUAUGGUGCCAAUAUUAACCAUUACAUCAGCCACCUGGGCACCCCUCUCUACUUGGCAUGUGAAAAACAACAGCUAGCCUGUGCUAAGAAGCUUCUGGAGUCAGGAGCCAAUGUGAAUGAAGGCAAGGGUCUGGAUUGUCCUCUUCAUGCAGCAGCCAGGCUGUGCAAUGAGGAGCUGGCCUGCCUGCUCAUGGACUUCGGAGCAAACGCCCAGGCCAGAAAUGACGAAGGCAAACGUCCUGUGGACCUGGUUCCUCCAGACAGCCCUUUGGCUACGCUCUUCUUACAGAGAGAAGGGCCCUCUUCUUUGAUGGAGUUGUGCCGCUUGAAAAUCCGACAGUGCUUUGGAAUUCAGCAACAUCAUAAGAUAACCGAGCUCGCCCUUCCCGAGACAAUGAAGCAGUUUCUCCUCCACACUAAUUGUGCUGAAGAGAUGGAUUCGGAAGCAGCAACAGAACAUAAUUAAGUGUUGUGGUCAUUGGAACUUAAGAUUAGGCCAUAGAUCUUGGCUAGUUUCCUUCCACUCAAUUUUUAUUUGUGAUUGAAACACAAUGCAUACUGUAUGUGAUAACUUAUAAGGCAUAAAGAUGUUCCCCUCUGAUUGGAAGACAGUCUAAAUUUGUUAAUAGCUCCUCUUUUGAAUAUCUACUACAUGUAAAGCACUAAGCAACUAAAACAUUAUACAUCACCUAAUUUAGCCCUCGCAGCCAACCUAGCAGAUGGGUACUUUCCCCAGGUAAUACGCUGAAUGAAACUCAGGAAGAUCAACGCAUUCACUUACUCAAAUCAGUGAGAGAGGAACCAGAUUCAAACAUAGAUUUUUCUGAUGUUAACCCAGGGAGUUUCAACCAAGGAAGGAUUUUCCAACAUUAGUACCCUGGGUCCAUUUUUGUGACAUGGGAAAUCAGAUGUUUCUUUCAUUUAGGCCUAUUUUCUUGUAUGUUUCCUGUUCUUAUGAAAGAACUACUCCUGUCCUAGUGUAGGGGAAUGUUCUUCUAAAUUAAAAUGCCACAAUCUACAAUUGUGUUGUUGAAUAUGGUAGCUGCUAGUUCAGAAGUUUUCAACAAUGGAUGAUUUUUUCCCUCCCAUCCACAAAACAUUAAGUAAUAUAUGGAGACAUUUUUGGUUGUCACAGCUGAGGGGACAUAUCAUAUCAGCCUCUGCCUAGAAGAUAGAGGCCAGGAAUGCUGCUAACAUCCUAUAAUACAUAGGACUCAUCAUACACAUCAAAGGAUUACUAACUCAAAACAUACAUAGUGCAGGGGUUGAAAAACCCAGCCUUAUCUGUAUGUGGGUAAUUUAAAAUGAAUUAUGUAUAAUUUUAAAAUAAUUUUGUCAGAGAAGAAUAUUCCAUUGUCAUUUC